AUUCAAAAUGUCUCGACUACUCACCCACCGUAUAACUCCCCUCCUUCGCCUCUCAAAUCCCGCUCGUCUCUCUUCAACCUUCCAAUCCCGACCCGGUCCUCCCAAGCUCCCCGCUGAGCAGCAGGCCGAGUUCGAGCGCCUCCAGCGCGCAGCCGCCGUUUCUUCCGCCUUUCAGCCUGUGGAGGAACAAACCGGCGCAACAACACCUGCUACAUCGCAGGCCCGUCACGCAACGACCCCUGAAAAAUCUGAGGAUGUGAACCAAGGCUUGUUCCGUGGUGCGCCACCCGAGUUCGAGGGUGAUACGAAUCCGAAGACGGGAGAGGUCGGCGGACCAAAGAAUGAACCCCUCCGAUGGGGUGGUGAAGGCGAUUGGAGUUACAAUGGACGAGUAACGGAUUUCUAAACCUCAAAACGAAACCAACAGUGGUGCGGAAUGUACAAAAGUGUACCAUAGACAUAGACGGAGAGACGCCGUAUGAUUAAACUCCUAUAUCAUGAUCCAAUGGGGUAUUCUCUAAUACUACAACACC